AUGUCGAAUCUCAAGGCACCUUCUUCACCAUCACCAGCUACCAAUGAUUUCCGCAGUGACACGUUCACCACCCCAACGCCGACUAUGUUGGCGGCGAUGGUGAACGCCUCCUUUGGAGACGAUGUGUACCAGGAAGACCGCAUCACUACCGAAUUCCAACGGGAAAUCGCGCGAUUGACUGGAAUGGAAGACGCCCUCUUCAUGCUCUCUGGAACAAUGGGCAACCAAAUCGGAGUCCGUGUUCAUCUCAACCAGCCUCCGCACUCGGUGCUGUGCGACUAUCGCGCCCAUGUCUACGCUGAAGAAGGAUCUGGGUUGGCAGUGUUGUCUCAGGCGAUGGUGACACCCGUCCAUCCUGCCAAUGGCAUAUACUUGACGUUGGACGAUGUCAAGAAGUGGACUGUCCUGGGAGACGAUGUACAUACGGCACCAACAAAGGUGAUCAGUCUCGAGGUGACCCUUGGAGGCGUAAUAACCCCAAUGGAAGAGAUACAGAAGAUCUCUGAAUUCGCACACGCCCAUGGUGUCAAGGUUCAUUGCGACGGGGCUCGCUUGUGGAAUGCCUCUGCCGCGAGUGGACAUUCUGUGUCUGAGUACUGCCAAUAUUUUGAUACUGUAUCAAUGUGUGUAUCCAAGGGACUCAGUGCACCGGUUGGUGGAGUUCUUGCCAGCACCUAUUCUAACAUCAAGCGGGCCAGAUGGCUAAGGAAGCAGCAAGGAGGGGGCAUUCGACAGGCUGGUGUGCUAACUGCCCCAGCCCUAGUGGCACUACAGGAAAUCUGGCCAACGAUGAAAGACACACAUGAGAAAACCAAGAAACUGGAGAAAGAUCUGGCAGCGUUGGGUGUUGUGCCUCAAAUCCCGGUUGAUACCAAUUUCUAUUUCAUCGAUGCUAAAAGGUCUCACCUAGAUAUGGGCAUUUUGUUGGAGCAGUGUGGAAAAUUCAAUGUGAAACUUAUGGAUGAACGGAUUUCUCUACAUCAUCAAAUCAGCGACGAGGCGAUUGAGAGCCUCAAGGCUGCCAUUGCUGCCGCAGUACAGAUAACCAAGGCCUUGUCGUCUGGCUAUGUCUCUAAGGCUACAUCAGGUGGCUAUUAUAUCACCUCAAAAAUGAAUGAAUAUAGCUAG